GAAUGACGCACUUUCAACGUAAAGUGAAAGGCAUCGUUUUCCUUAGAACAGUUUUGCACAAAAAUGUAAAUCCUCAUUCGUUAUACGUUCACUGGCAGAGUUCGACCGUAAUGUUUUUAAAAGUGCUGUGCGUGUUAAACGCGUUUGCUUUGGUGCAGUGUUGCAAUUCGUUCGGAUCAAUUAACGUGCAAGUCCAGGAUAAGGCUCAACGUGUUUUUAACAGGACGAUUAAGGGAUGCAUCUCGAAAAAGUCUUUUACCGACGACGCCUUUGUCUCGCACACCUGGAUAAGAGAACAACCUGUGCUGCGUCUCAAAACCGGAGCUGUCGAAAAUACUCCAGACUUGGAGUUUGUCAAAUUUUCGCAUUGCAAAAUUGCAUCAAUUACACCUAACGCAUUUCGAGACGUGCCCAACUUGCAAGGUGUUCACAUCGAGCAUGGGUCGCUUACUCUAAUAAAAAGGAACGUCUUCAAAGGGUCGCAGAUACCGCGACUUCUGGAACUGUCACUGGCCCACAAUGAAAUAUCGAACAUUGAAGUGAAGGCCUUCGCUUACAGCACAUUUAGAAAACUAUCCCUCUCCAACAACAAGUUGGCGAAGUGGUACCCCGGCUGGUUCACAGACGCCUCAGCCACCCCUAUCGACGCCGACGCAUUCAACCAGCUCUCCAGCAAACCCCUGUCGGAGAAUUACACCAUCAGCCCGCUCGAGGAAAUCGACUUCAGCAACAACCUACUCACCGAACUACCCUUGGACACCCUAAUCGCGCUCCCCAAUCUGAAAGUCUUCAACCUGGACGCCAAUCGAAUCCUCAGCAUCGAGCCGGGAACCUUCCACCGAACCAAACUGGACACGCUCAGGCUGGCCCGCAAUCGGCUCGCCUACGUCGACCCGAAAUGGUUCCCGAAACCCUUCCGCCUGUCGCACCUAACGCUCAACGCGAACAAGCUGAACUUCAUCCCAGAGGAAUUCUUCCAGAGAGUGCACCCGAGUCUGCUCGCCCUCGACGGUAACCCCAUGACGUGCGCCUGUCAAACGAAAACCAUGCGAGCGCUCUACAGCAAGAAUUACGAAAUCGAAACGACGGAAAACUGCAGCUGGCCUAACGUGCCCAUCUGCAUUGGUCUCGAGGAUGGCGUCUGCGCGGAGGAGGUCGACGAGGGUGUCACUCGGCAGUACCACGAGGCGAUUAUUUCGGCACUUAGAAACGUUAGCGCUAGUAUUAGGGACCAAUGUUAUAGUUUAGACUAAUAAAUUAAUUAAUUUGAUUAAA